CUAAUAGAUUAGAUUUUCUUGCGCUUGUAAAUUUUGCAUUGAAAUUGGAUUUCGUAUUGAAAAGGUGUUCCUUUGUCUUCCUUCCCAGAAUGCUUCAGCUGCACUACUGGCCAAUGCACAACUCGACAAUAUAGAUCUACGCAACCGGUCCCUCACAGCUCUUCGUAUUCACACAGCCAAUGAUAAACAGAAUAUAUGUAUAUAUGUGUAUACAUAUAUACAUGUGUGUGCGUGUAUGUAUGUAUAUGUAUUUAUAUACACGUAUAUAAAUAAAUAAAUAUAUAUUACAUGUCUACAUAUACGUAUAUAUAUAUAUUUAUAUAUUUAUAUUAUAUCAUAUGAAACGACAUGAAGACCCUCCAACGGCUCCUAACAUUGGUUGCGUUAUCGUUCGUCUUAACUGUCGUGCUGUUAAAUACAGCCCUAGUCAGUCGACUUUUCUCCAUGUCUUCCACUGAUUACUUGGGGACAGAUAUGGACGCAGCUGGCGACAAAGAGGCUGCAUACUACCUAAUUCGCGAGGGCCAGGCCGUCAGCGACCCCUAUCGCAUAGAUUACUCUAACACCAGAGCCGGAGCAAACCGAGCUCAUUUGCACUUGCUCCGAAAGAACCUCAACAAAAGUAACGCCAGUAGCGGCGGCGGAGGAGGAGGAGGAGGUGGUGGUGGUGUUGGUAUCGGUGGCGGUGGUGGCCAUAACGCUGCUGUUGGUGGUGGUGGUGGUGGUGGUGGAGUAGGAGGUGGAGGAGGGGCUGAUAGUGGCGUAGGUGCCGCUGGCAAUGGCGGUAAGGCCGUUGCUGCUGAUGCUAUUGCUGCUGCUGGUGGUGGUGGUGGCGGCGGUGGUGGUGGUGGUGGUGGUGGUGGUGGUGCCGCCGAUGAAGAUGACAACAAUGAGAACAACAACAACAACAAUAACAACAUAAGCUUGGAGCGGGAGAAGGCAGCCCACGACCAAAACGAUACGCCCGAACAGGAUGACGACAUUCCGCUACGUCACGAGUUGGAAGGUGGAGGCAACAACCCGCGCCGAAUGGAUAAGAGUUUACGCUGGCGUAACAGCAAGAGGACAUCUUUGUUAAACGCUGACAUUUUACAGAAGUGUGUGAAUUCAAGUCUUAACGCAGUAUAUAUCAAGGAACUCCAUCGAAUCAUGGAAAAGUACUUCGGGGAUAAAAUCGAUGUCGUACCGGCACAGCGCCGAAACGUGAGGAUGCCAAGUCUCAAGUCGAUUUUCCGCAGUUAUGACCAAAUGUCCAAACUGACCAGUUGGGAAGCUAUUUUCUACAAUAUCAAGCAGGAUGCUCUGUAUGACAGUAGAGACCCUGCUGUUAAGGCUGUGCUUAAGGACCUACUGGAACAACCGAUUGAAGAAGUUGAAAUGAAAUCUGGUGGCACGCAAUUGAAGUUGAUUUUUACUUUUGAGAACGAAGGCCGAGCUUUAUUUAAACCGAUGAGAUUCCCACGCGACAAGGAGACCUUACCGAACCAUUUCUACUUUGUUGACUUCGAACGCCACAAUGCCGAAAUCGCAGCUUUCCAUCUCGAUAGGAUACUGAACUUUAAUCGAGUCCCGCCCAAUUCCGGACGUCUUAUCAAUAUGACACGAGAUAUCAGAAGACUUUCCGAUAAGAAACUGGCAAAAACAUUUUUCAUAUCUCCAGCCAAAAACGUCUGCUUCCAUGGAAGCUGCUCUUACUACUGUGAUACAAGUCACGCAAUCUGUGGCAACCCAGAUAUGCUGGAAGGAUCUUUUGCACUUCUACUUCCACCGGACAAAGUGGCUCCGCGCAAAAUAUGGCGGUCGCCCUGGAGACGUUCUUAUUCGAAGCAUCGAAAGGCACUGUGGGAAAUCUACGACGAUUAUUGCGACCAAGUUCGAACAAAGCCUCCAUUCGACAAAGGUCGUCGCCUACUUGAUAUGACCGAUAUGGCAGUGUUUGAUUUCCUAACAGGAAACAUGGACAGGCAUCAUUACGACACAUUCCGGGAAUUUGGAAACGACACGUUCCCUCUACAUCUCGAUAACGGUAGAGGGUUUGGAAGAAGCAACUACGACGAGCUCACCAUUUUAGCCCCUGUCUUCCAAUGUUGUCUGAUACGCUAUUCGACCAUCAUGAAGCUGUUUCGCUUUCACCGGGGACCAGUACCGCUCAGCCAGAUGAUGCAACAGUCUCUUGCCUCCGACAGUCUAUUUCCGAUACUCACCAAAGCUCAUUUAAAUGCGCUGGACAGAAGAGUCGCGAUUAUUUUACGGACAGUUUAUGAAUGUGUUAUACGCGGAAAUGCUGUAGCGGAUGUAAUUGUCGAUGAUGGAUUUUAACAGUUUGAUGGAAUCAGAACAGUUCAGAACUUGAUUGGAAUAAAUCGUAUCAAAUCAGAA